AUGUUUGGCGAGCUGGCGGCUGACGAGACGCGCAAGUGCCAGUGUUGCCCCACGCGGAUCUCUUUCAAGCUGAGCAACACACGGUCCGGCGGGUGGCACUACGAGGAGCAGCAUAACGCUCACUACGCCAUCUGGAAGCGGAUGGUGCCGCACGGUGGAGAGGAGUGGCCAUAUGCGGAAGCGUAUCCUAAUUUUCCCCCCGAGGCGCUUGUAGGAGGGGUGGCUGCACUUGGUGGGGGGCAGGCGACGAUGGAGCAGUUCAUGACUCCACGGGUGUCGGUCCGAGAACUGCAAGCAGCCAUCGUCAAGUUCAUUGUGAUGAUCGACAGCUCUUACCGUAUUGUCGACAGUGAUGCGGUAAGGAUUGAACCGUUCUCAUGCUUUGUGCUGCGUUUUGCACUGCGUUAUGUUAUCCUGCUCUUCUUCAAGGAGAUGCUGACUGUAGCCAACUCAGCGUGUGGGAAGGACAAGGUCAUUCCAUCACGCUGGACAGUGGCCCGUGGCGUGUCGAUGUAUGCGGACAUGGCACGGGCGUUGGCUAGGGCCGAGCUGGAGCUGGAGAAGGAAGAGGAUCUGCUGAUGUUCAAGGUGUGCUUCACCAGUGACAUCUGGUCGUCUGAGGCUCGGCGCUGUUACAUGCAUGGGGGGUUGGUGGGGCGUUGUCACGGUAUUACCACCGAUAACGCCUCCGGCAACGUGGCGGCCAUCAAGCAGCUGUCGGACGACGGAGAUCGCUUUCUACUGAUCUCCCAGGACAUGUGGUUCAGGUGUUUCGCGCACGUGAUCAACCUGGCUGUCCAGAAGGCGCUCAAGGUGGAUAAGGUCAAGGUUCCACUGCAGCGCAUACGCGAUAUGGCCAAAUGCGUGGGGCUGUCGUCAAAGCGCAUGGCGCGGUUCAGGAAGGAGUUGAAGGAUUCCUUUCCUACAAUGAGGGAUGUCAAGCUCGUGCUCGACUGCGAGACCCGCUGGGGGUCCAGCUUCGCCAUGGUGGCACGUGCCCUGCGUCUUCGUCGUCCAUCAAGCUCCCACUUCUCCCAGGUGCAGGUGGCGUUGAAGGCGUUUCUGGCGCCCUUCAACACCAUCACCAAGGCAGCCGAAGGGUCUGUGUACCCAACGGUUGCGACCAUCGUGCUGUACUACAACCUUCUCCUCGACACUUUGGAGAAGACUUUGGAAGAUGCAUCUACCCCACCUUUCGACCUCCUACGUGAUCUCAUCCAGGCAGCCUUGCCUGUCCUGCAGAAGUUCUACGACAAUAGCACAGACGAGCUGACGGUCGCCACCUUUCUCGACCCUGGGCUAAAGCUGGCGUAG